UCACUCACCUUGGUGAACCUUGUCCCAUGAUUGAACAUCAGUGAUAUCUUCUUCGUUGCUGAUUGACAGUCUGAAGUAUAAGCACAGUUGCUUGUUAAUUGCAUUCAACCCAACCAUUGGACGAAUAUGGACUGUCUGCAUACUGAGUUGCAAAGGAUAAACUCAUAAAAGUUACUACAAGAUGCAGGCUAGUUUAAUGGCAAUUUUAAUCAAUUUACUUGUAAUUUGUAAAUUAGUUGAUUUGAAACUUGCAUCUUUCUUUGUGUUCCACUGGUAACAAUGGCGAAAGACCAAGACACAAGCCAAAAGUCUCCAAAGAAAAUUUGUGAGUCAGCCCGCCAUGGGCUAAACGUUGCCCUUGACUCGUUACCCUACCAACCAAGAUAAAUUGAACAACUUGCUUGUGACCUUUUAGAACGGAAGGACUAAACGUAAUCCUCUAACUUUUUAUAUAUGCAGUCAGCCAUAACGAGUGGUAAAUCCAAGAUUGUCAAUUUGUCAUCCAUGAGAUAUAUUUACCUGUUAGGAAUUGAGCAUCCAGCAUGCACAGAUAUAGGAUCACGAUACUGAAAUCUACAAGUACAGAAAACCAAUGUGCAUGACAACGAAAAAUCAGUGAGCUUAGCAACGAAGUACACAAAAAAAAAAAACGAUAGAAGAACGUGUGGUUCAGUCGAAAAAUGACUUGUGUUAUCGACUAUGGUGAUUCUCUUAUGCAUGGGUGUGCAUGUGUGUGGGUGUCUGUAAUGUAUGAUGAAUAUUAACGAGGAAAAAGAAAUAUGAUUGAUAUUUGAUUUAGAACCACAAAUACAUAUUGAUGACAGUUUUUUUGUAUCCUUCUAUUUUGUCUCUCUAGUAACCAGAUGUCACACUUUUCCCAUUUCUUACCAUUCCUUUCACACAAACAUACAUCCAUACAUUUUGCCAUGUGCCCAUCACUGACCAUGCCUGCUCCUCUACCCUCCGGCUCCGCCAUCAACAACCAACAUGUCGUUUCCGAUGGGGUGGCUCAUGUUGUCGUACCACCAAAGAUAUGUGGGAUAUUACAUAAGUGGGUUAAUUGUUGUAAAAGAUGGAAACCACGAUGGUUUGUGUUACAGGAUGGCGUGCUUUCCUAUUACACCAUUCACGGCCCUGACAAAAUUAUGAUUUCAAAAGAAAACGAUAAAGGAUGUCGUGUUAUAGGCAGCCGUUUGCCUCACCACCGCAAGCCCCUUGGCGAACUUCACCUCAAGGUAUCAUCUAUUCUGGAAAGUAGAACAGAUGACAGAAGAUUUUCAGUAUUUACGGGCACAAAAAGGCUGCAUUUGAAGGCAAACACUCGGGAAGAUCAACUGGAAUGGAUGGAAGCUUUGAACCAGGUCAAGCGGAUGUUCCCACGAAUGUCUAAUUCUGAGCUGAUGCAUCCGAUAAGCAGUGUUAUGGUGUCAACAGAAAAGUUAAGAGCACGAUUAUUGCAAGAAGGGGUUAAGGAGGAACUUAUUCAAGAUGCCGAAAGGAUUAUGAAAAAUGAGUUUUCUGAAAUGCAAGAUCGGCUCAUGCUUCUCAGGAAGAAACUAAGGCUUCUUAUUGAAGAACUAUCCAAUUUACAUCAUGAAUGCUAACUUACACAUUUUUAAAUAUUAUUAUUAUGAUGAACAAACAUGCGACUGUGGAAAUUACAAACAUACUUAGUAUUUUGCA